GGAGAACUACGAUAAUAUCAGACACAGGAUAAAAACCAGCAUGGGGAAAACUUACCAGGUCGUGGUAAAUGGAAUAAAAGGAGAGAAAAUAACAGUUGAUGUUGGGAAUUCAGAGGAUCAGAUGAAGAACAUGACUGUUUUAGAGCUAAAGAAGAAAAUUGCUCUGAAGCUGCCAGGGACAGCAGUGGAUGACCUGAGCAGCCUGAGGCUGAUUUUCACCGACAAACAGCUAGAAGAUUCCUGCCAGCUCUCCUCUUAUGGGAUCCAAGACAAGUCCGUCAUUCAGUUGGUGAUCCGGUUGCCUGGGGGUGGAUAUCUUCCCCAAUGAAGUACAGCAAAGAUUCCUACAGGGGGCACCACUAUGCACCUGAACAAUACUGUCUAGUCUGUUUCCUAUCACUGUGGAACGAGGGAAUGAUUUCUGUUGGGGGAAAAAUGGGCAAUAUUCACUUUAAUGAUAAACUUGCAUGGAUUAACCGUGUGGGCUUUUGGGUAAAUGCCCAGGGGCACCUCUUCCAUGG